CUCUGCAUUGUUCUCGUGAGCGUGUGAGUGACUCGAAGCUGAUUGGAGAGAUGGACAUUGUUGUAGUGUAAAGUCAUGCCAUCUGAGCCGUUUAAUUGGCGUCUGGCUGGCACACACAGAAUCACAGUGCCACUCCGACAGCCUCCCGCUCGAGAGCUCUGAUUGCUUUGGCUGCGGUGGUGAACCAGUUUUUGGCUUCUCGGUGUACACUACGAGGAUUACGACUAGUUUAUGAAGAUCUACAGGACUCUCAAUGGAGUGCGUUCGGCUCUGUGUCCUCUGCUGAGCGACUCUUGAGGCUCUUUUACGAUUUUUAUCAGAGAGUUUUCCGUAAACACGUUUCUACUGUCAGGAAUAAAUGAUCACUUCAACCAGACGAGUCUCUGCAGACAAAGCUGAAGUACAAAUCGCUUUCAGUCUCGACGAAACCUCAGAGUUGAGGGAUGCAGAGGAUCCCCUUCCAUCAUUCCCUGACCUUGAACAACGUCUGCAGCCGGUGCUGCCGUGUCGGUCUCUAAAGGAGUCCAUAGAAGUGUACAAAAACCACUGCAAGAUGGCCAACGAGUUCAGCCAGGUCAAGCACGAAAUCGACAGGCUGGAAGACAGAAAGAGAGAGCUCAUGGCAGAGCUGCUGGAGGACGAAAAGGCGUCGACGGAGUUUGCGCGACUCGAGGAGGAAUACAGGACACUUACGGAAGAGAACCAAAACCUGAUAACAGUCCACAGCCAACGCGCACAACAGCUAGAGACGCUCCGAGUGAUCAGUCAGAAGAGGCAGGGCUCCUCGUGACCUUUGACUUCAGCGCGAAAGACCUCUCACCUCUGGGUCUUCACUACUGCUUAUAAAAAUCUCAGCAUUCCUUCAGUGCUUGUGUAAUGCACUGAAGCGGGGAAACCGAUCUCGGAUCAGUGUGCUUAGACCGAGAGACUUAAUCGGUGUACAUUUGACACAUUUUAAGCGCUAAUAUGCGUCUAUUUCAGAGCUGAGAGGUCGCCUCACUCAUGUAUUUCUGACACUGCAUUCUGAAUAUACACUAUUUUUCUUCGUGCGUGUUUCUUGACAGAUGUGCUUCACUCACCUAUAUUGUACAAAUGAAAGUUUUUACCGUUUACUGUCUGCCAGUUGCAUAAAAAGGGAAUUAAGGAAUUACAUUUCUGCUCCGCUAUUUGAGUUCAAGCUAGGUGAUGAUAAAUGUAUGACUAUACGCCAUUGUUUAGUCACUCAGCAAUAGGGAACUUGGGUUUCGAAAUGUGAUCUGCUCAUUUUAGGAUUGUGAAACCCUUCAAAAAUAUCAAUGGCUGACACCCCAUCCCACACAAGUGAAAUACCAGAGGUGUAUGUCCACAAACCAGUUUAGCAGUGUGAAAGGUUUGCUUCCUCCAGAUUUAGGGGUUAUUUAGUCUGAGGCUUUGUUUAGUUAGUUCUUCUUUCUUUAUCAGAAUUAAGAUUUUGAAUGGUAAAAACGUAAUGCUUAUGUUGACAUUUAGACUCAACGUUUUACACUACAGUGUUUACUAACCAUACUAUGUAAACUGUACAAUAAAAUAGUU